CCUCUGCUGACCUCUGUUCAACCUCUCACUCUCUGCAUCCAAGCCCCCACUGAUACAGACAGGAGCAGAGACAGGCUAGGACUAGAGGAAAGAGGAGAGGGGGCUGGAGAUAGGCUGUGAGAGGACUCAGAAGCCUAGUACGCCACCCCCUGUCCCAGUCCUGUACACCUGUUGCUGUGGCCACAACAACCGAAGGGGCAGCUAAUAAGUUAGGAAGUGAGGCCAGGUAUCUUGUGGGCAGUGGUGUCAUUAGCUGCAACGCCUAAGAUGUCUCAAGAGAUGGGAGAACUCACUCAAACCAGGUUGCAGAAGAUCUGGAUUCCACACAGCAGCAGCAGCAGCGGGCUGCAACGGAGAAGGGGCUCAUCCGUACCCCAGUUUACCAAUUCUCCCACAAUGGUGAUCAUGGUGGGUUUACCAGCUCGAGGGAAGACAUACAUCUCCACAAAGCUCACACGAUAUCUCAACUGGAUAGGAACACCAACUAAAGUGUUUAAUUUAGGCCAAUAUCGAAGAGAAGCAGUGAGCUACAAGAACUAUGAAUUCUUUCUACCAGACAACAUGGAAGCCUUACUUAUCAGGAAGCAGUGUGCCCUGGCAGCCCUCAAGGAUGUCCAUAACUAUCUCAGCCAUGAGGAAGGUCAUGUUGCGGUGUUUGAUGCUACCAAUACUACCAGAGAACGGCGGACAUUGAUUCUGCAAUUUGCUAAAGAACAUGGUUACAAGGUAUUUUUCAUUGAAUCUAUUUGUAAUGACCCUGGCGUAAUUGCUGAAAAUAUCAAGCAAGUGAAACUCGGCAGCCCUGAUUACAUAGACUGUGACCGGGAAAAGGUUCUAGAAGACUUUCUAAAGAGAAUCGAGUGCUAUGAAGUCAACUACCAACCCUUGGAUGAGGAACUGGACAGCCACCUGUCCUACAUCAAGAUCUUCGACGUGGGCACACGCUACAUGGUGAACCGAGUGCAGGACCACAUCCAGAGCCGCACAGUCUACUACCUCAUGAAUAUCCACGUCACACCCCGCUCCAUCUACCUGUGCCGGCAUGGCGAGAGCGAGCUCAACCUCAGGGGCCGCAUCGGAGGAGACUCUGGCCUCUCAGCUCGGGGCAAGCAGUAUGCCUAUGCCCUGGCCAACUUCAUUCAGUCCCAGGGCAUCAGCUCCCUGAAGGUGUGGACCAGCCAUAUGAAGAGGACAAUCCAGACUGCUGAGGCUCUUGGUGUCCCCUAUGAGCAGUGGAAGGCCUUGAAUGAGAUUGAUGCGGGUGUCUGUGAAGAGAUGACCUAUGAGGAAAUCCAGGAACACUACCCUGAAGAAUUUGCACUACGAGACCAGGAUAAAUACCGUUAUCGUUAUCCCAAAGGAGAGUCCUAUGAGGAUCUGGUUCAGCGUCUGGAGCCAGUUAUAAUGGAGCUAGAGCGGCAAGAGAACGUACUGGUGAUCUGCCACCAGGCUGUCAUGCGGUGCCUCUUGGCCUACUUCUUGGAUAAAAGUUCAGAUGAGCUUCCCUAUCUCAAGUGCCCUCUGCACACGGUGCUCAAACUCACACCUGUGGCUUAUGGCUGCAAAGUGGAGUCCAUCUACCUGAAUGUAGAGGCUGUGAACACACACCGGGAGAAGCCUGAGAAUGUGGAUGUCACCCGGGAACCUCAGGAAGCCCUGGACACUGUCCCUGCCCACUACUGAGCCCUUUCCAGGAGACCAAAACGCCUCUGCCCUUUCAACUUCUAUCCUUGCUCUUCUUCUCCAGCACGAGAAGACUCUGCCUUGGCCUCACUAAGAGAGCUCUGCUUCCAGUGAAGAAGUCCUCGGGAGCUCCAAAAUAGGUCUCAAUUCCUGGCCACACUCACGGAGCUGUCUAGCUCUGGAUGGAGCUCUUCCUUUCUUAAUUCCUAUUCUGUAAUCAAUAAAGACUUC